AUGUCUUCCUCAGAGAAUAAUCGUGUCUCUCGGACUCCAGACACUGAAGGAGACUUCAGCUCUCCCAACUCGUUUGUCUAUGUCCGUACACCUAUGGCAACAAUCAGCAACAACAAAGGGCUCAAGUCAACCGUCCACACUACCUCUGUUGACGAGAAGGCCUCUUUGUAUCAAGAGGGUCAGCAACGCCAUUACCAAGAACAGCGUCAACAUCAGUAUCGACAGCAGUAUCAACCGCGGUAUCGCCAGUCCAGCUAUGCCAGCAAUCGCAGCAGUCUUGCCAAUGAAGUCAUCUUUGACCAUGAAGACUCCCCUCCUCCGCUGAAAGACAACAACGGUCCCUUUCACCCUGCCAGCCCCUAUGCCAAAGAUGAUCAAAGCCAUGGCCUGGGCAUCAACGCCGAAGAAAGCUGCCUGCAUCAAGAACAGCGAGGCACACGAACAGUCUCCAGCCCAGUAGGCACAAGCGGCAAGUACGGCAAGACCACAGAACAACCCCUCGCUGGGGUGAACUGGCGAGACCGCAGCGUGAGCUACGGUGACAGCUACGGGGGACGAUGGUCUUCCAACCUACGGGGGUCAGCUGCUAGUGAGAGCUAUGGCCCAAACAGGUUCUACCCCCCCGGUUACUACUUCUCUCCUGCGAACCGUUGGAAUCCAAGCUUCCGCUCUUACAAGUCGUCAGCGAGCACCGAUCUUCUUGCCAGUCUCACAAGCAACGCCAGAAAAGCCCCUUUCGCUGCACAACCUUCUUUGACAAACCGAUUCAACAUGUUCCAGACGUUGAACAACAACAACAACAACCAGACCGACGAGAACGAUGAGAAGAUGUCACACUGUGACAACAAGUCCGGAACCUUCGGCGUUGUCGGAGACGGCCGCUUCGGCGCCAGACCCACUCCCGCUGCCCCUGCCCCGCCUGUCCUCACCUCGAUCGGUGCCUCCGGCUUUGCCUCAGGCAGGAUGAUGAGUCACCCCGGCGGGAACGACUCUGGAAUCCCAGGCUUUGCCCAAUCCCAACCCUCCGGCCCCGCCUACCACCCGGACACCCUCUCCUCCCAGCUCCGGUCCUUGUCCUUCCGCUCCGGCGCCGCCGCCAUCCAAGCUCCUGGCCCCUUUUCCGCUGCCCAGCAGCACCCCUUCCCGGGCCAGCAGCACCCCUUCCCGGGCCAGCAGCGCCCCUUUUUCCCUCAGCCUGCCGCCGCCCCCUUGUUUCCCGCUGGCUUUCGCCCCCUCGCGUCCGUCCCCGAGACCGCCGUCGUCCGAGCUAGUCCCUCCUCCUCCGGCGCCCUCGUCCCAGCCCCUGGGCAGCCCUUUUUCUUCCGGCCGAUGGAGUGCCGCACCCACCGCCGCCUGACCGAACUCGAGUCCUACGACUUGAUGAUCAAGGGGUUCAGCCCCAACUACAAGGGGAACCCGGACCUGGACCGGAACCGGAGCGCGACCAUCCCCGAGGACAUGAACUGUUCUCUCUUCCUGGUGGGCUUGCCCGCCGAUGUGACGACCCACGAACUGCUUGCUGGGGUGAGGAACGUGGGACGGGUGUACGCCACCCACAUCAACCCCCCUGAGCCGGAGAAGGGCCACGAGCAGAGCGCGGCCAAGAUUGUGUUUUUCGAGAGGAGUGCUGCCGGUACGUGUUCAUUCCCUUCCCCUUUUCUUCAUAUGCAUUCAAGCAUUCCCACAACGCCUCAGAAAGUUCUGAGUAGGCCUUCCAAACUCUUGGAUAUGCCUAAAGCUAACCCACCCUUCCCACCAGAACGCUUCUUCCGCCAAACCACAACCCAGGGCUUCCGCAUCCCAACCCGCGCUCCUCCCCACAACCCCGCCCGCGUGACCUGGAACCGCAUCCGGUCCGCCGAAGUCGACAUCAACGGGUCAAAGUCUCGCGUCCUCCUCAUCUCUGGACCCCCCCACAUCGUCAACGAGCAGCACCUUCGCGAGUACUUCGACAACAAGCUCAUCUACCAAGUCGACGAGAUCAUCGUCCACCACCCCGGCGCCGUCCCUGCCGCCUUGCCCACUCCCCCCGGUUCCUCUGCUGCCAAUCCCUCGACAGGCAACCUCUCUAGCUCUGGUGGUCCCCGCGCCCCAGCCGGCCUAUUGGCCUAUAACGACGUCCCUUCCGGCGCUCUCGUUGCCAGCCACAGCAACACCUCUUCCAGCUUGGGCGGUGUUCCCACCGGCUAUAACAAUAACAAUUCUUCUUCCUCCUCGGGUCUCGCCCCCAACGUCAAUGUUGCCGGCCACAGCAACAUCCCCCUCGCCGCCGGUCCUCCCAUCCUCGGCAACAACGACAACAACGACACCAACGACAACAACGACAACAACGACAACAACGACACCAACGACAACAACGACAACAACGACAACAACGACAACAACGACAACAACGACAACAACGACAACAACGACAACAACGACAACAACGACAACAACGACAACAACAACAACAACGACAACAACAACAACAACAACAGUGGCGCCAGCGGCUUCAGCCCCGGCCACUCCAAGUCCGCCUCCAGCAUCAGCUCCGGAAGCCACAGGCCCAACUCUCUCCUGGGCCAGCUCAGGGGCGAUAGAGCCCUCAUCGAGUUCCGCUUCGGCAGUUACCGCUGCCAGUCCGAGGCCGCCCGCAUGGCUCUCGUGAGAGAGUUUAGGGAGUUUGGGGUCUUGUGCGAGUUUGGGAGGGAUCCUUGUGAUCGUGUGGAGGAGAAGGAGGAAGGAAAGGGGAAGGGGAGAGAGGAGGAGCAGCAGGUGGAGGUUUAUUUGGGUGGUGGUGGAGAUGGUUGUGAGGACCACCACCCUUUCUGGAGGGAAGGAGAAGCUGGGAUGGGUGGUGGUGCGUUUGCCGGCGGUGCUGGUGUUGGGGGUGAUGCGCUUGCUGGCGGCGAGGGUGGUUUCGGCUCCGUGUUCACUCCGGGUGCGGGCGCGCACCUGUCCACGACGACCCCGGCUGGGAGUUACUUCCAGUCGCGGGCUCAGAGCGACAGCGUGCGCGCCCUGUGGGGUGAUGCUCGUGAGGGGGCGUGA